AUGGGAGCUUACAUUAAUGGGUUCUACGCCUUUUCUCCCGUUUCCACAAACGACCGUGCUGGUAUACUAUAUGUUGCGACGAUCUUGAGCUUGCUGUUUUCGGUCAUCACUCUUAUCGUGCGAUGGCACAUCCAACGAAGGACUUUUGGACUUGACUUUUGGGUCAUUGUCGCUGCUACGGUCGUUGCACUAGGUCAAUAUGCAGCUAUUUUCGUAGGGCUGGAUCACUUUGCGCUGGGGAAAGCAGUCUCUCUCAUGUCAAAGAAGGACCAACUCAAUGCAGCCAGGUCCGCUAUUGCUAGUAUCGACCUCUUCCUCAUUUCCAACGCCCUCACAAAAUGUUCAGUCAUCUUCUUUAUGAAGCGUCUCUUCUCAACAGACAACAGGACUGCAAAAAUCCUGUGUAAUAGUCUGCUGAUCUCGGUCGCGGUCUGGAUGUUGGCCUCGAUCCUGGGACUGAGCAUUUCCUGCAGUGCAGCUACCAAGUUUGAUCUUGAAGACCGAUGCAGCGGCCAGAUCACUCGAUGGAGCGUCGUAGCAACUUUCGACUCGCUCUUCGAAAUCGCAAUCUUCCUUCUCUCCAUCAUCCUCGUGGUGCCCCUUCAGAUGACCACUGAAAUCAAACUCUCGGUCGUGUUUGCAUUUAGUUUCCGCCUCGUUGUCGCCAUCUUCGCAAUCAUCCACGUCUACUACGUCUCCCAAUGGUCUUCCUCCUCCGACCCAGGCAUCGCAACCGUCUAUUCCCUCCUCUGGCAACAAAUCGAACUCGGCUACGCCCUCAUGGCCGCCACGAUUCCUACUUUACGUUCCUUCAUCCGCGGCUACGAAAAAGCAAUGGGCUGGGAAUCCUCCUACUACGUCCGCAACAACACCGCCGCCUCUCGCACCGCAACCUCCACAUACCACCUCUCCACAAUGACCAAAUCCCGCCACGAAGAAGAAAGAGGAGAUGCAGUGUUUGGUCUUCAGAGGAUAGAAACCUGUGAUCGCGAGCCGCUGAGACCGGAUCGGCCGAAUUACAAAGCCCAGAUUUAUGGACCGGGGUUGGAUAGUGUUAGUGAGGGUAAUGUGCCCAGGAGGACGAAGAGCAGUUCUAGUGGUGACAGCCAGGAACCGAUUAUUCGCAAGGAUGUCGAGAUUCAGGUUAGUUCUGAGGCUGCGCCAUGA